UAUGGCGUAACACAAAAACGUAAAAUAACCAACUCUUGUCUUGAACUAAUUUUACAGCUAUCAUAAGUUAGCAACACUGGCACCUUAAGAUUUUAAUAUGGAAAACUUAACAUGCAGUAUUUCAUUUAAAGGAAUAAAUUUACUUUCAUACAACAUUUAUUGUUGGCCACUGGCGUUGACAAUGAUUAGACUAUGAUUAUGAUCAUUUCCCUGGUCCCUAGCCUCCCGCCCUUCCCUGCCUUCAGCCUGCCUUGGCUUUAACUUUAGCUGUUUAGCGGUAGCCCGUUCUUAGAUCUACUAUCUACCCUACCCUAGUAACUAUCCAAAGUACUAAGCCUUUUACACUACCCUACCCUUUGGACUUAGUUUUGCAACUAAGACCAACUUCUAAUACAUAUAUUAUGAUAUAUUCCCCCACCAAACAAAAUUUUGACUCUUAUUUAUUAACCAUUAAGUCUUAUGACUUUCAAUGCCAUAAGUAGUUAGUAGUAUAUAUAUAUAUUAUAUAUAUAAUAUAAAAUAAUAAAUAAAUAAUAAUAGGGGCCUUCUAUUAAUUAUGUCAACAAAAUAGGGGGGAGGGGGUUUGGAAAUGUUUGACAGUUUUUUUACAAGGCGGAGGGAGGGGUGUUAGAUUAGUUGACGUCAACAAUCAUGUUUUCUCUAUUAAAUUAAAAUUGUCUGUCUAACGAAAACUACUCUAUUUUUAAUUUGGAACCUCCGUUCUGAGGAGUGCUGUUAUUUGAGUUAUUUAAUCCAAAGUGACUGCUUACACCCGAUGAUGUUCCUAACAAAACCAUGGACUUAGGCAUGCGAACAUCGCUGCAUAAAUUUACCGUUGGCCUAGUCUUAAGAUAGGGCUGUUAGUGUUAGCAUUGAUUUUGAUGGUCUUGUAGAGUGAACGCUAUGUCGAUAUCAUAUUUUGUGAUUAAUUCCUAAACCCUGAUCCAGUUUUACUAGGCCUUAACUCAAACCUAUAUUAUUUUCAUCUUAAUUAAAAAUAUAUUUUAUAAUUUAAUUAUUAUGUUCAUUUCUAACAGUAGAAUUAUAUAUAUUUUUUUAUAUUUUGUAGCAAUUUAAAAAAUUUAAAUGAUGGAUAUACUUUAUAUUCCGAUUAUUAAGUGUUUAAACUUGAACAAGAUGUUCGAAACUUAGAACUCAUAAUCACAAGCCUUCAAAGUGCAUUAAGAUAAGUCAUACCUGUGACUCCUAAAAGUGCUUUACAGUAAAACCAAUGAUAGCACAAACUCUUGGCAACAAAGCAAAGUGGGUGGUUUUAUUUUCAUUGAUAGUGCUAUUCACAGGUUCAGCCAGUAUGAUGAUCAUGCUCAAUAAUCUGAAAGAAGAAGACAUAUUUGCAUUGAAAAUAAAAAGAAAUGAAAAAAAAACAAAGUGCAAACAUUUAUGUAUGUAACGUAUCAUAAUGACAGGAAAGGUUUGAAGUCAGAUUUUAAUGUAUUGAAACAUUCUUCAUGCAAUUGAUUUACAUUUUACUGUUAUAAGUAAAGGUGGCUAUGAUGUAUCCUACAGCUUUCCAUGAAUCAGUUAUGAACAUCUAAGCAAAGUACCGGUAUAUGAAUAUUAUGUGCAUGAUCUUCAUUUCAACCAUCUUGCUUUCUUCAUGCGUUGGCCAAAUUUACACACCAAUAUCCACAAACCAUUCACAACCCUUAGUUUCUUAGCAAAUCUUUUGAAAACAUCAUGAUUUUAGAAACACACAGCGCAGUAGCAGACUGUAUAGCUAAUCAAUAGCUCUGCGUUAACCCUGUUCAUGACAUGCUAUUUGCAGGGUAGAACACAAUGCUGUCUCAGAGAAACCCUUUGCACAGUGCUCAUGGGACUGGAUUUGUGCUAUUUAAAGGGUUUUUUGUUAAGAAAUCAAUCUGUGCUAGAGGUGAGUUAAGGGCAGAGCCAUCACUUGGGCCCUGCAACACCUGUAGCUGCAGGGGGCCUCAGAUAUGGGAAUGGUUUUUUAUUUUGGAUUUUUUGCAUACUGCUGCGUAUGGCGGUUGGAAGAGGGGAAGACGUUAGGGCAGAAAAAAACAUCCCGGUACAUUUAAUAAUUAUCCUGAAUUUCUGAAAUUCUAUAAUACUUCUUAUAAAGUCAACUGUAACAUAGAAAUCUGUGAAAUCAGUUAUAUUUAAUUAUUGUUAAAAGUAUUUUUAAAAAUCACUGCAUUGUUUCUUAUUGAUCAUCAUUCUGUUUCCUUGUGUUUACAAUCGCUUGAUAUCACCUAAAAAGUGUUAUUAAAUCUCUCUCAGUGGACUCUCAGGAUUUUUUUUUUUUUGCAAAUACAUUUCCCAUUCAAAACCACUUCCAUAUGAGCAGGAACUAUGAAUAUUGUUUCAUCUACUGAGAAACCCAUUUCCAACAGCUGUUUGGCACAACUUUCUUUUCACUACUGGGAAAACUUUGCAGCUGGUCUUAUGCCCUGUCAAGUAACGUUUAUCUGUGUUUGAGAUAUGCGAGUUUCAUUACUGUAUUUUAAGACCAUACCAUAUUAAUUGUUUGGGACAUAAUAACCCAUGAGUAGCGGCUUAGUGAUUUCAAAUUUCCAUUGCUUACCUUUCCAUUUUUCAGGAAACUAAGAAGUAAACAAGAUUCACAAUGGUCCGUGUUUUCAAAUGUCAUCGUUUCGCUUCACAGCGAGUGAUCCCCCUCAGUAAAGAGCCUCUUACAAUAUGUGCAGAUGGUGAUAAAGUAUUUGUUGCAACAAGUGAUUGUGAGAUUAUAGUAUUUCAAAUUAAAGAUGGAUCAUUCAAAGAAAUCCACAGAUGUCCUACCAUAUCUCAAGUUGAUUUAAUUGUUUAUAAUAGUUUUAGUGAGUUGUUUUCUUUUAAAGUUCAUUUUUCAAAUAGUUAUUUCAUGGUUGAUUUCAUGAAUGUAGGAAGUUAAUAUUGAUUUAAGUUUUUUGCUUUUUAAUGAUUUUUAAGAAUAAACUAUUUCUUAAAUUAAAUAUUUGAAAGGGAUUUUUUUUUAUUUUCAUUUCUUUAAUAUGUCAAAUAAUAUGUAGCAUUUUUCACAUGAUUUUCGGGUAAUUAAAAAAAAAAUGAUUGAAGCUUCUCUAUCAUUCUAUAGAAAGCUACAUAGUGACUGUUGAGCUGAAAAAGUCAUGGAAACGAGAGACAAAAUCUGUUCAUGUUUAUUUAAACUGGCAAAUCAACAUAAAAAAUGGUGGAAAGCCUAGAACUAAGGUCAGUGUUGCAGGAAAGUCUCAUGUUCAACAUGCCUCUAGUCCUUUUACAACAGAAGUAAUGGAAAUCAUUGAGGUGCCCAUGGAUAAGAAUGCCACUUGUGCAGCUGUUUGCAAGUAUGAUGAAGUACUUUUUAUGUGUACAUUUUAAAUUUCAUUUUUUUUCACAGUACCUAUAUAGUGUAAAUGUUUGUGUGUUUCUUUUGAAAACCCACACUAGUGGAACUAAAAGCAUUAUAUUUUGCACUUGGACCCCUGUUUGAUACUUAUUGUAGAUUUUGUAAAUAUUUUAACCCAAAGUGUAGGGGAGCCAAAGCCAUGUAAUAUCACCAUGUAGAAUAUAAUUUGUUUCUUUUAAACCCUUUUUGUUUUCACAUUAUAUUGUAUUUCAAGUAUCACUUUUGAAAAUAACCAACUCCUGGAAGAAUUUUGUUACUUUGCAUCUUCGGAGUUAUUUAAGCCUGGUCAGUUUCUCUUUUUAAAAGUGUACAAUGACUUCCUUUAACCUUUUCGCUAUAAUGACUGACUCUGUCGUACAUGAAUCUCUCAGGUACACGGGAAAUUUUGCUAUUGCCUGUAACACAGAAGUGAAGCUGUGCAGUGUUGUGGAAAAAACUGUUGCAAACUCAGAUAAAACCUACCUUGAUGUAGAGGUAACUAUAAGCUGAACAGUUGUGUGGUGGAGUCCUAGUUUCAUAUCCCUGACCAGACAAACAUUUCUUUUUUUUUACAGGAAAUUAUAAUGCCACUGCCAAGAGCACUGGAUUAUAUGAACUCCACCUCAGUCUAUUGUGGGAUUAAAAAGCUCAAAAAUUAUAAAAGCUGUUUAAAAUCAGGAAAAUCCAAUAUUACUUUAAAAACUAUCUUUUUACUAGCUAUAACCUGCUAAAAAUGGCAGCCUCUAUGUGUGAACUUCCCAUCUACUAAAUUUACUUGAGAAAACAUACAUUCAAGUAAACCAUUUUAUAAUAUUCCCAGUUAGUGCUACAAUCCUCCCAUCCCCCAAAGGCCAUCACCCCUGAACUAUAUUAAUAUUCUAUUCCCAAACAUUUUUACCCUUAAAUCACACCAACUAUUAGGCACCAAAUCCACUUCCAGUAUUUUUAAGAACCUCAUUUAGCGCAGUUAUCAGGAAUUUAUUUUGGUGCUGUUAAACAUCUGGUAGUGUUAGUAACAUUAGUUGUUACAUUAUAUAAUUAUGUAUUUUGAUGAAAACAUGUCUGAUGUACUUGAUCAUCUUUUCACUUGGACUCUGAAAAUUCUGCAAUAAGUUUUUAGUUAAAAAUCAGUUAGUAACUGAAUACAAAAUAUUAAUAAAAUUUGUAAAUUAUGAAAUUAUUUUUUGAAAUCAAAGGGUCAUGAAGGUUGUUCUUUGUGAAUUCCAUUCAUUUAUUUAAUUACAUAAUGUCAUUGAACGUUCUACUAAUAUUUUGGAGAGUAUGACUUGGUCUGAUAAACAAAAGUCAAGAUACCUUCAUCCUGCUUUUUUUUAAAUUAAUAGAUCUUUUUGGAACUUUGCUGGAAUUUCCCUGUCAAAUCAAUUGCAAUGUGUGAGGAAUUCAUUGUCUGCUGCUCAUAUAAAGAGGUCCAAGGGAUUAGGGUCAGGUAUAGUAUAAGUAUAGUUUUUCUUUUAAUUAGAUGACUCAACUGAAGCAUAGUUUUAGGAAUGCUAUGUUUUAAUACAGUGGCAUAGUAAGGGAUGUGUGGAGGGGGAGGGUCCAUCCCAUCUGUACUUUUUUAACCUUAUGUUCAGGUUUAGCAUUUUCAGCCAACUGCAGUAUUUUCAUAGAAAAGUGGGUGGGUGGGGGGGGGGGUUGUCUUGUAGCAGAAAGCUUAGCUUGCCCUAGGAGACACUUAACACGAGCCAUGCCAUUGUGUUAUGCCUAUUUAUUAUUUAAUUGUCUCAUUAAGAUUUAUCUACCCCUUAACGAUAUUUGAAUGUAAAAUUAGGUCACAAUUUAAAAUGCUGUUUAGGGCUGAGAUCUUGUAGUAAUAAGAUCUUGAGCCAUGUUUUGAGCCAUAUGGCCCAUCUCAUCACGUAUUAUCAUACUUUUUUUUUGGCCUUGUUUAGCUUCCAUAUUGAGUUCUGGUGUGUAAAACAAAUUUGUUUUGGGGGAUUUAAACCCCAGACCAUCAUGACCAAUUGUCCUGUGUUUUACUGACAGCGCCAUUCAGCCAACCAUUAUUUAGUUUUUGUAUCUUGCAUUAGGAAUUUUUUUUUUUUCUGUCUAGCUAAUGCUCCAAAAUUCUCUCAAUAUAUCAGAUAUGAUGAAGGGGAGAAAAGCAGUGUCAGGGCGCACAGAAAAUUUCUAACUUCCCCUACCACCUCCAUUGGUUCCGGUGGCAAAAGUAUAUCUGCAUCUACUGUAGAGCAUGAUUCCAGCAGGCGAUCAUCAGGGGCCGCCACUCCGCAAUCCUAUGUCAGCGAGACAUAUUUGUUCAAUGACCAACGAAGGGCUGAGAGGAUAGUUUCCUUUUCCCCGCAGAGUGAUUUAGAGAACUCAGGGGUGGGAUGCUUACUUACAAACCAGAGUGAUUCUCGUACUCUUGGGAAAGAUUUCUCUACAGGUAUAUAUCAGUUUUCAUUUGUUGCUUUUUUAAGUUGAUUUUUAUAGCUUAAAAUUAUGACUGGGAAUCUUUUUUAAAAAUUAUUUUCUCUAAGUCAUGAGUUAGAAUUACCAAAAAAAGUUAUUUUAUAUUUAUUCCUUCAGCAGACACCAUUACUUAGAUUUUACAUAUGCCAGUCAUAUUUUUUGUUAUGAACAUAUUAGAGUUACUGACAGUUUCUGAGGUUAAGUAAUUACAAUUAACCAUUUAUGUCAAUCAUUAAAAAGAAGCAGUCUUACAACAAAAGAAUUUCGAUACCCAAUUUAAGAAAUGUAAAUCUAUAUUUAUAAAAGAAGAUGUUUCAUGCAAAUACCAAACAUUUAUUUCAGUGGGCAUGAGGCCAGGUGGGCGUCUUAGCCCUAAGGCUGUCGGCCAAUCCCUUGUUGAGAGUACAGACUCCAAGAUCAUCGAUGAUGAAGACUUUGUCGAGUGGAAUUUUCAGCCCGGCGGCGGUGCCGCAGGAAGUGCGGCCGUCUGCCUGCCAGGUCUGCACACCAGCAUUAGCCAGUCCCAGUGCCAUCAUCACGCCCAGACGAUCAGCCCGCCGGUUUUGUCUGACUUCUUAGGUGAUCACUGGUUGCUUACUUGUAUUUGAGACUUUGAACACAACUAAUUCAUUGAUUGUUCAUGUCAAUCUGAAAUCAAGCCUUAAACCUUGUGAGAGUCCACACAAAAAUUUCUAUCAAUUUGCUCUCUAUCUCUUCUCUCUCCCUAUCUUCCCCCUCUCUUUCUCGAACUCUCUCUCACUCUCUCUGUGACUCUCUCCUCUCUCUCUCUGCCACUCUCACUCAUAAUAUCCGUCUGUUUUUAUCUCUCCCCCAGUUUCCUAACAUUUACAAGUGUAUCCAAGUCAGUUUCUUUGCAUGUGUGCAUGUUCACUGAUACAUGAGUGUGUCCAUGACACUGAUAUAUGAGCCACUCCAUGUUCACUGAUAUCUGAGUGUGUCCAUGUUCACUGAUAUCUGAGUGUGUCCAUGUGCACUGAUAUCUGAGUGUGUCCAUGUGCACUGAUAUCCGAAUGUGUCCAUGUGCACUGAUAUCUGAGUAUGUCCAUGUUCACUGAUAUCCGAAUGUGUCCAUUUUCACUGAUAUCGUCAUUGUGUCUUCUUUUGUUUUAGGUGGCAAAGUCAAGUCCAGCUCAGGAGUUCAGGCUGAGACUGUCUUACAUUUGUGUGACAGCAGGGAGAAAGAAGACUGGAUGAGUGUUGUCCUAGUGCCCACCUUCCAUGGAGGUAAACACUGGCUUAAGCUUUCAUAGUUUAAACAUUGCUACAAGCAAAUUAUACACUAUUAUUCAAUGAAGGAACUGUUGCUGCUACAUCUAAGGAGGGAAGCAUUAUAUUGAAAAUAAUAUUGCUUCAAAGAGUAUAUUUUUGAAUCGGUAUGAAGAAACAAAUCUUAAACAUUGUGAAAACUUUAGCAAGUUUGGUCCAUUAUCUUACUCAUAACAUUUUGACUAUCUUUGAUUAACAUAUAAUCUUUCCUCCCUUCACUUAAGAAAAUGUAUUAUAAGUUUCAACCCUGAAAAAGUAGCAAGCUGUUGACAAAGUAGGAGUUUCUGCUCGCAAUCUUUGAAUGAUAAUUUAUGAAUUUUCUUAAAUAUAUUUUAUCUACAAAUUUUUAUUCAUCUUAAGUAUGUGAAGCAGACACUAGCAAAUGAUAGAUAAAAUAAUCGUACAUUUUCUUCAGCAUUAAUUUUUUAAAAUAUAAGGAUAGCUUUUGAGUUGUUCUGUUUUUUUUUUAUAACUAAGACAUGACAAAAAAAUUGUUUACCUCCUAGGGCUUUCAACACCUCUACGAGUUUCCAGCAUCAAUACAGACAGAAUGAGGUCAACAGUAAACACUAAUAGGACAAGCAUGUGCUGCUACAUCAGUGGGAACAGGGGAGGCUAUCUGUAUCAGAUCUCCCCACUCCUGACUCAGAUUUCUUCCUACAAGUACACAGACCUAGCCUUUCAGGUAGAUUUUUCCGCUCAUUUUCUUGGACUAAAGAAUAUUUCCAUAAGUCAAAGCUGCUGUGAUUUCAACAGAUACUUUAUAACAUGGAGCUUCACAUCGAACUGAUCAUCAGUCAAAGCCUUUUAUAUCAUUUUAAAGUAUGCCUGGAUUUAAGAACUUCUUUGUUCCAUGUUAUUGUCAACUGACCAAAUAUUAUUUCCACUCUUUGCUUUAUAAUGACAAUCCAACCAUGCUCACAAACCAGUUCAUAACAAUCAUCUGGUAUUAUUUUCAAUUAUAACCACACACAAAAUUAGAGACAACCAUGAAAACGGUAGUCACUUUAUUUUGUUGAUUUGUUUUAAGCAGACUUGAACAUUGUAAAAAAAAAAUAUUUUUUACAUUUUACUACUGUGGUGUGCGGCUGUUAAUAUAUGGCUAAAUGGAAAAUAAUAAUAAUGUCAACAUAAUGUUUGAAGAAUGACAUCUGUAAGAUAUUUUUGACAAGUCAAAGACAACUGUGAGAAUGAAACUGGCGCAUAAUUAAUUCCCUGAGACAUGAAAGUGAAGUAUCGGAAUUUAACUGUCUCAUAGUAAAGGGCCCAAUGACAUAAUUUUUUUAAUUUCCUUUCCUUUUGGUCCAAAUUGAACUAGGUUGGACUGAGUCAGAGCCACUUGCAUGUUGUGACCACAACAGGGAUAGAAACAUACACAUCACGUUGGGGCAUUGUGUCAAUUGAGAUGGGAGACAAGGAGGAUGACCAAGAUUGCUCUGAACAGGUAAUGAAGCUAAGAUAUUUUUUUUCUCUUCUGUAAAAGAAUUCGUUGAGCAUAUGAUAGUCACUUUUAAAGCAGAAAAUGAGCUGUUUUACAACUAGUGACUCUUUAAACAAGGCCCUCAAAAGGGAGUGGGUGGAAGGAGGGAUCCAGGGAAAAACCAGGGUACAGAAAGGGGGGGGGGGGGGGGGGGGCACACACAAUGGAAUAGGCCACAAGAGAUCAAAAUUAAGGUUUGAAAUGUAUAUGCUUUAAAAAAAAAGUUAAAUACAUAAUCUCAAUAUCUCUAUUAUUUUCAUAUACAUUAUCUCUCUCUAUCUUAAUUUAUUUAGAAAAGACCAGGUUCCUGGCAUACACAUUAUUGGCCCAGCAUCUUAGCUACAAAAAAACCGGUCUUGGUUACAAGUAACCGGUUCUGUUUCAAACCCACAAAAGGUGACCAUAGCCUCACUGAAGUUUCUCGUUUUAUUACGUUCAUUCACAUACAACUGAAAGAAAAUGGAAGAUUUAUAAAACAUGAACUACCUUAAGUGUUUUAUAAAGUCUUGAGUUUGUUUUGUAGACUGUUUUCCCCCUUUUUACUUAGUGGGGCAUCUCAUUUGUUUAUUCACAAACUGUAAAGAAUCAUUUUUUUUGUUUUCAACAGAUAUAUCCCUCCUCAACCCUGGACAUCUGUCUUUGUGGCCAUGAGCCAUUCUUUAGUGCUGUCAAUUUAUCUGUUGGGGGAGAUUUUUUGGCACUUUUGUCUAAAGUUCAAGAUCCAAAAGGGUACGUUGGAGGGGGUGUGUAUCUAUUUUAAUGCACAAUAUAUUGCUUUUUAAAACGCUGUAUUGCUGAUUAAUAAAAAAAAAAAAUCAAACUUUAAUAAUGAAAAGUUUUUUUUUUUAAAUAACACAUUCUUCAAAAUUUUUUAAUUAUUUUUUUUUCAAUUUAUAUUAUAACUUAAAGUUAUACCAAUUCAUAUUGGGAACUUCACACUUACAUUUUUGCAAUUUUUUUUAAAUUGAUGAUCUUAAUAAUAAAUAGGUGGUAAAUAAUUUUAUAAAUUAUGCUGUUUUGGACACCAUAGAAUAUUUUUUUUUUUAAAUACUUUAUGAAAUUUCAGAAAGGAAGAAGCUCACUGGGGCCUGUACAUUCUGAACAUGCUUAGUCUGCUUGACACUUACAGGGAAAUGGUGGGUGGUUGUCUCCUCUUCUGACAGCUUUAUGUAAAGUAUCCACUCUCUUAUGUCAAUGUUAUGUCAAAUAUGCACUGACGUGAACUCUGCACUACAGACCCUCAGCUCAAAAUAGACUCGCUUGCCAAAACUGAAGUUUGUUUAAAAUAAUGUUAAAUAUUUCCUGGUCAUCUUUUGUUUGUAAGCAUAGAAAAAAAAUAAUUUAAUGAACUAUAUAUCAUUGAUUUUUCUUCUUGCUGUGGGAUUAUUAUUGUGAAAGUUGAAUCUAGAGUAAAUUUUAGUGUCUCUAUUGGAAUGUCCAGAAAAGAGGGGCUAUUUGGCUUCUCUACCACACUAAAGGAAAUAAAUUUUAGCAAAAUUUAUAGAAUCAAUAUAAAUAUUUAACCAGUAUUUUAAAAUUUUAUUUUGUUAAAAAUGUGGCCUACACAUUCAAUUUAAUGUGUCUUAAAACAUUAAACAUGUAAUUAUAAUUAACAUCUUACUAUUCCUUUAUUUCAGAUUAGUUUUGCUCAAGGGAUACACACAACUGGUCCAGCAUCUUACAUCCAUUUGUUGCAGGAGGCUCACUUGCUACUGAGCACUCAUCCCUUGUAUACAGCUACCAAGGACGAGGAUGUUAAACAGUGCCUGCGUGAAGUUAGUCGAAUGCUGGGAGAUUUCUAUGCACAGUAUAUAAACUUAUUUCAACUCUUUAAUAGUUAUAAAAUGUUUCUCAACCCUUGUCAUCUUCACAGGCACACUAUCUUACCUUGCAUUUCAAUUGUUUUUUUUUUAAUUUCUCUCUUGCAGUGAAAUAUUGUUUGUACAAUAGGGUCGAGACUUUAAAUUGGUUGAGAAACAGAAUUAAUAAACUAAAAGUUUCAAAUUCUUUUUGGAGAUCAGAAUUCAGAAAAAGAUUGCGGUGGCUGCAGGAAUUCAUUGUUGGAAGCUUUAUGUAAAGGACAAUGAACACAAAAAAAAGAUUCAAUAACGCAAAUGUUAGCCAACUCUCUCAAUUUUUUUCUCUCAUUGUCGCUAAACAAAAUCUGUGGACUAAUUUCAGACCUGGGCAAGAAGAUUGGUGUUUGUGUUCACCCUUCUACAAGAGUUCCAGGGUUACUGUCGAGGAUGUUGUUACAGAAGCUGUGGGUCAGGCCGAGAAGGUUGGUAAUUAAUACUUACUUAAAACACUCUUUUACUAAAUCAUCGCUGACAGCUUUGUCAAUUAAUUUUUUUCAUUUUGAAAAAAAGAGCAUAUAAUUUUUCCCUUUUUUUAAAAUAAAUGCUUUUUUUUUUUUUUUUUUUUUUUUCUUUUAGAAAAAAAGAGAUUUUAUUUUUUCCUUUUUUUUAAAAUAAAGGUUUUUUUUUUUUUUUUUUUCCUCCCAUCACCUGAUAACAGUAGCACUAACAUUUUUCCAGCAGGGAGUUAGAGAGUUUGGCAAAGGGCUGAUUGAUUAUCUGGAUGGUAUCCUGUUCUCACAAGAGGAGUUUGUCAGUCUAAAUAGCUCAACCUGCGACACGAUCCUAAAUAUUUAUGCCGUAGCUUCUCCAGAUAAGCUGUCUAAGGUGAUCCUGCUGUCCAACAUGAGGGCUUAUUCCACUGGUAAGUAUGAGUACAGGGCUUGUUACUUUUAUGAUUUUUGGCGCUCAGUGUAAGAUUUUGAGUUGUCUUUUACAAUUGUACACCUGUCAGAACUACGAUUUUAAGAGACUGGGUUCAAAAUGUAUACUUGACCAAGUUUUUACUAUUAAAAAAUUGCAUUUACGGUUGUCAGUUUUUAGCUCCUUUCUACGUCUGGCUGUAAACGGACAAAAAAAAUAAGGUUGGUUGGGCACCACCCAUAAUUAUAUCAAGCACUCACUGGGAGGAUUUAUGAUAUUGUCAGGAAAAUCCCACGGUGACGACAGCAUCAAUAUAAACAACCAAAUAUCUAGGGGCAACUAUAAACGAGCACAAUGAAAUAAUUUCGGAGGUUAAAGAAAGGAGGCAACCGUUCCUAUUUCAACCUACAAAAACUACUGGGAAGCAAAAACCUCUCAAGGGGAACAAAAAAGACAACAUUCGCAGUGUAAGACCAGUAGUAACUUAACGCUAGUGAGACUUGGACCCUUACCAAAAAAGCAGAGAACCUUCUCAAUACAUGGGAGAGAAAAAAUCCUCAGAAAAAUAUACGGCCCAAUGAUGAAAAAUGAUAUCUGGAGAAUCCGUACAAACCAAGAGCUAUACCAAUUGUACAAAGAUCCACCCAUAGUCACAACAAAAAAAAGGCAGACUGCGCUGGGCGGGACAUAUUGAAAGGAUGCCAGAAUGUAGAGCAGCAAAGGUGAUAUACACGCAGAAAACUAGGGGCAGACGACUCACUGGUCGCCCAAGGCUGAGAUGGAUUGACAAUGUAGAGAGGGAUUUACACCAGUUGGGGGUUCACGCAUGGAGGCGGAAGGCCAUGGAUCGUACCGAAUUCAAGGAUGUGGGGGAACAGGCCAGGGCCCUGGAUGGGCUGUAGCGCCACUGAUGAUGAUGACGAUGAUGACUCACUGAGAGGGGAAGGAAGGAUGUGUUGACCUAGGAUGGCACAUGUAUGCAUGGGAGAGCAUGGGGAAAUAGGUCUAAAUAUUUUUUUUUAAAAACUAUAAAAUAACACCACCUCGUUUCAUAAUGAUGGUGAUAUUGUUGCCUUGUUUUUUCAUUAUGAGUUCGCUAGAUACAGCAACAGUAAUAUUGGCAUAGUCACCCUAGUUAAAAAUUUAGGCCACAUUCGCUUUUGUUUGCUUCGGUGCUGUAUGAAUUAAUUUUAUGUCAUAAUUAUAUCAUUCGUCGGCUGAACUGUGCAUAUUACAAAAAUGGAGAAAAACUGAUUUUUUAAAAAAAAAUGCAUUAUCAACUGCUCCACACAGUAGCAUUAGAUUUUGACAUAUUUUAUUAGAUCUAGUAAGCAGCAUUUCUUCUUCUUCUUCUAUAUCUUAAGGGCCCACGAUCAAUUUAUUGAUCAUUUUGGCUCCUAUGGAUGUAGAUGGGAUUUGCGAUGUUUCUGUGCCUGGUGUUGAUGAGGAAAUCAUGCACUAGGGGUUUGAAGGCUUGAGGCAAUAGACGCAAAUGUGUCUAGUGUUGUCACCUCAACCGUUCCUUUUGAAAGAUUGUUCCAGUCCCUGAUUGUCUUGGGCAGGAAUGAGCAGCUCCUUUAUUGGCUUCUUGCUGGUAUGAGCCUGAAUUGCCUGUCAUGGCCUCGUCGCUGUCUAUGGGGGAGAGGGACGAGUUUCUGUUUAAUACUGGAACAGUGCACCAGCCCAUUAUUUAUCUUGUACAUCAUGGAGAGCCUGGAUUGUCGUCGUCGUUUCUCCAAUGGUGACCAGCCUAGUGUUUCUAGCAUGCUGCCAACACUAGAGGUAUUCCUGUAGCGGUUUAGGACAAAGCGUGCUGCUCGUCGCUGGACCGCCUCCAACCUGUCAAUGCUCUUCUGGUCCCAGACUGAAGAUGCAUAAUCUAAAAUCGGACGGAUAAAGGCUUUAUAUGCUCUUUCUUUCACACAGGAGUUGCCAAUCUUUAGAUUUCGCCUUAAGAACCCUAGGGUCUUGUUUGCAUUUGAAAUCUAUUUUUAGAAUUCACUAAGCCGCUGUACAGGUAUAUAAGAGAUUACUAUUUGUUAACUACUAAAAUUAAAGGAUUUAUAUAAACACAACUAGAUAAAGUGAACCUAAUUGAGCCCAAGCAUUUCUUCAGGUGAUCUCUGAAUGAUGCAAAACUAUAUUAAGGUAUAUGCCGAAGUGCUUCCCUGCAAUUUAAAUUUAUAAAAAAAUUGUCUGGGAAGCGUGCUCUCCGAACCUUACCAACACUUUCACUCAGAGGACUUCAGCGGUCAUCCUCAAUUACAUCUCCCCCACUCCCAGCUUUGUCUUUCGAAAUGGCAGUGACGGGUGCCUUUUUAUUUGCUAUAAAGCACUGUCUAUGGAUAUAUAAACAUCAGUCAUCUACUUUUGGAAGUGAUGUUUCUUAGACUUGCGAUGUGAAUAGUUAUUGUAAAAAUUUUACUGUACCGAGUAUGUUUAUAUAUUCACUUUCAUGAUGCUUCAUUUUAUUUUUUUUAUGGUUAAUUACUAUUCUGGGAGUUUCAUUUUGGCUAUGUCUGUGAACAUAGGUGGGCUUAUUACUAAAGAGCUUAAAAUAGAAAUCUUUGCAAGGGACCAGUCAAAAGUUUUGUGGAAUUUUUUUGUUUUGUUUUUUUUACAAAUCAAUAAAAUACAUAAAAAAUUUAUAAAGUUCACAGGUCAAAUAUGAGUCAUUUUGUGUGUCCAAAUUGACAUAGACAACUAAACAAUGCAACAAAUCAGCACUUACAUUGGGGCUAUUCAUUUUAAACUCAAUGUUUUCUGUGUUAUCCAGAAGCAGCCUAUCAUCACCUGAAGACCUGGCUCUCUGUUAAGGCCAGUGCCUCACAGCCUAUCAGGUAAACAUGUACAAUUGUUAUGUAUCAGACAUUCAAGUGUUUGUAUGUGCCUCAAGUUGUUUGGGUUUUUGUUUUUAGACAUAUCAGCAAUUAAAAAGAUCGGUAUAUAUGAAAUAGCUCCAGUGGACAGUUUUUUUUAAUAGUUUUAUUGUCAAUACAGAGGACACUGAUGAAAUUUUGAAGUAUUGGUCAUGACUUCCCUAAUGAGACAUAAAAAAACUUAAUGUUUCUGUCUCACCUUGUAUGAAUCUCUUGUAAAAUUAUUGUUGAGGAGAUCUGGGAGUACCCAAAAAUAGAAUGAAUGAGGAGAAAGCUUUAAAUAGGCUGACAUAUAAUGAUUUUUAGGCAAGGAUCUAUUGAUUGAACCUAUGAGAAUUUUCAUAAAAAAUAAAGACAGCUUUAAAAGUAGACACUGGUUUAUUUUGAAUAUUUCGACAGUGCCACUGACAAGCUGGCCAUGGUCCAGCUGCAUCUGUCGUCCUGUGAGGUGGACCAUGCCUGCUCCCUGCUGACGUCCAUACACAAACCAAGCCUGGUGGACAUUUGCUCAUCCCAUCCGUCACUGAUACGUGAAAACCUGAGCACGUUUACCUCGCUGGCGCAGAUGAUGAGGCAGCACAUGUCCCACACGCUGCUGGAGAUCCUUGUUGAGAUGCUGGAUAGAUGUGUCAUGUCCUUGGACUCUCUGCUCAUUCUCCUCAAUGUAAGUAAUGAUCUCACGCCAUAAUUUAAACAUCUUCCUGAUCAUGGAAAUUCACUUCGACAAUUUUUUUGACAAAUGUAAUUGUCUUUCUGUUAAUUCUCCUCGACAAUGCCUUGAAAAAAUAAUCAGAAUUGAUUUAUAUUAAAUAUUUUUGGAUUAUUCAUUAAAACGAAUAAUUUAUUUGCGCGCACAUUGUCAUGACAAAAUUUUAUCAGCGCUACAAAUAAAAGCUCCAACAACAUAUUUACUGACAUUGACAUUUUAUAGCUUCUUAUUUAUUGAUCAGAUUUUGCAAAUUAAUUGGCACCAUUAGUAAAGCACCUACUUCACAUUUAACUUUCUUUAAUUCAUUGGCACCAUUAGUAAAGCACCUACUCCACAUUUAAUUUUCUUUAAUUCAUUGUCACCAUUAGUAAACCACUUCUUCACAUUUAAUUUUCUUUAAUUCAUUGUCACCAUUAGUAAACCACCUACUUCACAUUUAAUUUUCUUUAAUUCAUUGGCACCAUAGUAAAGCACCUACUUCACAUUUAAUUUUCUUUAAUUAAAGAAAGUUAUACUUUUAAAACUGACCUUUUGACAUUUCAGCUCAUGGGUUUGAGCACCAUCCCUUAUCUAUCAUCUUUUAUAUUUCAGAGCCAGUCUGACCAUCCCUACAACAAUCACACACGGGAGGUUCUGGAGUUGAUACUGACAGGUGAGCAAGUAUUAUAUUUGAACUUAUUGUACAGAUAUAUUUCCCUCUUUUAUUAUGUUGUACUUUAUACUACCGGGCGAUUUGAAAUUCUUGUGUUUAUUAUGAAUUAUAUUUUUAGAAGUGAGUGAUUGCUUACAGUUAACUGCAAGUUUUUCACCCAAUUAGGCUUAUUAAGAAGCACUUGUUUGGGGAAAAAAAUCGCUGCUCUCUCAAUUGAUUACUUUAUAAAUCAUACCUAGUUUCUAGAUUUUCAAGACCAUUGAAAAUAUUAAGCUUUGGCUUUACAGGAAAUUUGACUUUUUUUCAUUUCAGAUUCCAGGAGGAUUUUUUUGUUUGAAGAGGCUGUUGUAAGUUAAGGCAUUUCUUUCAAGUACUGAUUCCUUACAAUUAGUAGUUGUUCUGAGUUGGUUGCUGGUCAGACAAUAGGAGUAAUUAAUUUAAGAAAUUCACGUUUCAAAGUUGAUGUUUCUUAAGAACGAUCUUCAACUUAUAAUAUCUUUCGUAUCUUUGUUUAAAUUAAAUAUUUUGUAUGAUGAAAUGCAGAGAGAAAUGAAUUAUUUAACGCUAUUUAUGGAAGAAAAAAAAACACUUUUUUUUUUCUAUUGCAAAUACGAACAAAAGUGGUUCUGCACAGUUAACAAAAGUUAUGUGAAUAUUCCAUGAUGGAUAUAAUAAAAUCCGUGUAUUAAGCUUGAACAGUGGUAAGAAAGCAUUUUAUACAUUUUUCUCUGCCAACACAAUAAUUUAGAAGCUGCAUGGAAAGAGAGAGGGGGGGAGGGGGGUGUGUAUGAUUGUGAGCGCACAUGACACCUGGAAUAAUAGUUUACUUCAAAUACUUUCUAUUUAUAGAAAUUAGAUAAAUACAAAUAGUAUGAUUCAAUUAUUUAUUCAUUCCGCACCAGGUUCAUGGCCCCUGUGGUAGAUCUGCAGGUUCAUAGAGUCUAAAUAUUUUAAAACAUUUAACAUUAAUUUUUUUUUCCAGCAUCUCCUCUGCAAUGUUUACCUGGCAAGACUCAAAAACAAAGAUCAGCCUGCACCAAGGCAGGUCACAGCCGCUAGCCAUCAAAAGUUUUUCCUGGUAAGUUGUUCAGGAUCUUUGAACUUUGGUACCGUUGUUGCAGCUGUGAUGACUGAGUGUGCGAAGUGAGGCUAGUGAGCAACUGGUUUAGGUUUCACUGGGAGCUGUCAACGAACCCCAGCUCAAUGACAGCUGGCUGACGACCUUGACUCUGCUUGACCCUUUAUCCAACAGUUUGUAUUUUUGACUGCUGUUGGUGCCAAAACAUCAAUGUUUGUAGAUGAAGGCUCCAUUUUUAGAAAUAUUGUUGAGUUUGAAAAUUAUUCACUUUAAGCCUGCAGACUAUUUUCUGCCUAGCAUUUUUGGCUUUAAAGUGAUUGCUGGUGGUACACUUUCUCAAAAUCUAAGCUGUGGCUCUUUUUAACUUUUAAGUUUAAAUUCAGUGCAAUCACAGUUUCAGUUUUAAAAAUUUUUUUUAAAAACAGAACUCUUAAAAUUAACCCUUAUUUUUUUUUGAAUUAUCUUUUCUUGCUUUACCAGCCUCAAGGAGAUGGACACUUUUCACCCAGAUUCGCGUGGCUAGAUUACCUCCCUCCAUUUUAUGAUCCUGAAAAGAUUGCAAAGCCGUGUUUGAGACUCGAGAUUAAACACAUUCCUGGUCAGACAUUGAGGACAAACUCUAUGCCCAUUGCUAUGACAACAAAGCAAGUCACAAAUGAGAGGUGCCACUGUUGCGCUUGCAAUGAAAGUCUGCUAAAGCUUCAGGUAAAGUUUUUUUUUAAAAUUGUUGUUAUAUCAGAUUGCAUAUUCCAGGGGCCCUGAAACUUUUGUAGAAAUGAAACCUUCGGCCAAAAAAAACCAUGAUCGUUUGUGAAUUCUAUUUUAUACAUCGGCUACUAUUUUUUUAAGAUACAUUGUGAUGCCAAACUGUUGAGAUUCUACAUCACAUUCUUAUAUAAAAUUGUUGAUUCCGUGUUGUGCUUCACGGUCUUAGAAAGACUACAGGUAGCAUGUGUCUUGGUGUGCCAUGCUGAUUUCAACACUGAAAGCAAUGAAAGAUUUUGCCUAUUAAAAUUAAAAGAACACAAUCUUAUACACAAUAAUAAAAACAUCAUCAUCAUUAGAAAAAGAGAAACUGUUUCAUUUUUUUUUUUGUUAAGGCAAAAAAAAAUUCCACAACGCAAAGCUUGACCUGUUUGGUGCAAGAUGUUUAUUGGAGGCACCCCCUCACAAUGUGUUAGUGAUACUAUGGUUGAGAGAUAUCACACAUUAAUUUUCAUCGUGUGUUACUCUCCUUUCAGGUACCAUAACUAAUUUAUCUGUAAUUUUUUUCGCACCUUUCACCCUAGUCUCUUCUUUGUUCAUCCCGACUCACCACCGACCUGGCAGCCUUUGUCCUCAACCAGCUUGGAUCGCCUGGUGAUGAUGACCAGGAACUCUCGACCGAUUCAGAUGACGACAAGUACCUGGAUGGCGUCAGGCUGUUGUGUUUGACAAAACUAGACCUAGAAAAAGCCACAGAACAGAUUGUGGAUUGCUAUCCUAGUACUGCCAGCUCAUUUGCUGUCUGUUGCUUUAAAGGCAGCAUUGAGAAGGUAUACUUUUUGUUACACAAAAAUCUCACACAAAAAUUUUUAAAAAUCACAUUCACAAUUUAAGGUAUUACGUAAAGUUGCCUGACCAAAUAAUAAUGUUUCUUAAAUGAAAUGGGCUUAAUCCUAAACAUUUUCCCUAGUCUGGUACUGUGGUCUCCUCGUCAGGAUUUUUCAAAGCAGUAUAUUUAAACAUUUAUCUUCCAGUUCACCUACGUGCUGCGGUACAUGGAGACCACCUUGAAGAAAUUCCAACAAACACCUGGAGAUCCAAAGGAGGAAAGCUACGUCAAAUCCUACAAAGGUAACUCAGAACUAUUGCUGGACAUUAUUCUAACUUUACGCCUCUGGAAAAAUCUCCUGGGCAAUCUUGAUCAUAUCACGUAUUUCAAAUCUUUUGUCUCAUCCCAGUUUUAGACUUAAUGUGGGUUUUUUUUUUGGUGUAUUUUUUUUUUUACCUAACCAUGAAAAUCUUAUUAUUUUCUGUAUCUACUUUAUUUGUGGAUUGGUUACUGCCCCUUUUUAUUGCUCCAAAAUAUCUUGCCUAAUCAAAUCUGAGCAUUAAAGUUAGAUAAUGUAUUAUUUAAAUUAUUCUUAUGUCCAGUAUUUAUAUAAAAGAUCUCCUGAUUUGAAUAAUGUUUUUUUCCUUCUCCUUUUAUAAAAAUUGUUACCAGUUCCUUUAAACUACUCUUGGUUUCUCAUCACACAUUCAUUCUCAAUUUCUCUCUUGACAAUGAUAAAAAAUAAUAUUGAUAAUAAUAAGGGUAACCUUAAUCCAAAUAAUUUCAUUUCUUUGUUUAAGAUCUACUUUCAAGGCUCACAGAAAUAUUUCCCCCAGCUCAGUUUCUUGACCUCCUUCCAACAGACGGGAAUUUGUUUUUUCUGCUUCCAUUCUUGUGUUCCAGCCUAAAACUGGCUCACACCAGCAAACUCAAGAGGAAAAUCACAGAUAUGGGAAGGGAGUUGAUGAGACAGACAUAGGAUCGCAUUGUGAAUGGAUUUAUUUUUUUUUUAAGGUACUUGAAAAGAUUCAUUUUAUUUUUAUGCAACAGCACUUCAUGUUCUCAAUCUAGUCUAAAAUUAUUUUAAGAUCAUGUAUAUUGUUGAUGGUGGAUGAAUUGUAAAUUGUUGAUGCUGAAUAAAAUGUAACCUGUUGAUGCUGAAGUGUAAACUGUUGAUGCUGAAGCGUAAACUGUUGAUGCCGAAGCGUUGACUGUUGAUGCUGAAGCGUAAACUGUUGAUGCUGAAGUGUAAACUUUUGUUGCUGGACGGAGUGUCAACUGUUGAUGUUGAAGUGUAAACUGUUGAUGCUGAAUGAAAUGUCAAUGUUUGAUGCUGGAUGAAAUGUAAACUUUUGAUGCUGGAUGAAAUGUCUGAUGAAGUGUAAACUGUUGAUUGCUGAAUGUCAUUAAAAGACCAUGGUAAAUUUUAAACAUAUCCCGUUUUACCUUAGAUUUACAUCCCAGUUUACAAACUCGUGUGACCCAAAAAUUCACGUGACAACAUAUUAUGUGGAGAUUCGGUGCAUGAGACUCUUCACAUCAAUGUUGAAAUUUUUAAAACUCGCUUGAGACUGAGCCCUUUUCUCAAUGUCUGACCAGCAAAAAAAAAUAAACAAAGUACUUUGCAAAUAUAAAACUAUAUAUUAUAUAUUCUUGUAGGGAAUUAAAUAAACUUCAAACAAUCCUCAGGAAUCAAACUGAAAUCUCAACAAGUAUGCAAAUGAGAUAUCCUGAUUUGAAUAAUUUAUGCAUUCAAUUUUUUAAAACUUAAAAUAGCAUUGUCUUACUUGCAGAAUUUUGUUAAAUUUUAUGAUUGUUGAAGCCUAAAUAAGUACAAACACAUAUUUGAAUGAGAUUCAAUGUGAAAAACUGCUUAAAAUAUUCGCCCUUUUGAUAUAUUUCAAAGUCUAACAAUUAAGACGCCAAAAUAAUAUAAUUAUGAACCAUUAAUAUAAACUUUGUUUAGCUUUGACUCCUUUUAUUGUUAUCAUUAAAUUGUGAAAGUCAUUACUUUUAUUGUUAUCAUUUUAUUGUGAAAGUCAUUACUUUUAUUUUUAUCAUUAUAUUGUGAAAGUCAUUAAUUUUAUUGUUAUCAUUAUAUUGUUAAAGUCAUUACUUUUAUUGCUAUUAUAUUGUUAAAGUCAUUACUUUUAUUGUUAUCAUUAUAUUAAGUCAUUACUUUUAUUGUUAUCAUUAUAUUUUUAAAGUCAUUACUUUUAUUGUUAUCAUUAUAUUGUUAAAGUCAUUACAUUUCCAGAUAAUUAAAUUAAUGCAGUGUGUUAAAAUAAAAAUACUUGAUGUCUAUAAUGGCCUGUGAUGACAAUGGUUGUUAAAAUAAUCUAAUCAACAAUAAUGCUCCCAGUAAUUGUUAACUAAACGAUUUUCUCAUUGUAUUGGAGAUAGUAUUUACUUUCUGUGUUGGGCACAAGAAAAUUAUGAAGUGCUUUUUUUGGUAACUUUUAAAUGCCUUACUUAAUUCAAUAUUUUGAUUCAUACAAGUACAUUUUUAACUUUUUUUUUUUUAAUCCUUUUUUAUAAUUUUCAAAUCACUUUGCCCAGCCCCCAUGAUUAUUUCAGCACUUCUCUCCAUUCCAAAUAAGAAUUGAAAACAUUUAUAUUUUCAUUUUAUCCCAUCCCUGUGGCACUACAGCCCAUGUAUAAGAUACACUUGGUAACAGCUCAAUCAGUCUUAGUGCAACUGAAUGAGGCAGUCUCUCUCUCAGUGGGCACCUGCAGCACUUGAUUGUGCUAUCCGAGCUUUACUAUCUUUGUUCACUAGUAAUUCCUAGUUAAAGCAAGUGAUCUCUGUGCUCUUUCAAUCUCCGACUCUGAUAACUUCACAAGCGUGAAAUUUUUAUUCGCAAUCAACAAAUUGCACAUGGCCCAAUGAAAACAUCUACCUUGAACUACACACGGCCCAAUGAAAACAUCUACCUUGAACUACACACGGCCCAAUGAAAAUAUCUCCCUUGAACUACACACGACCCAAUGAAAACAUUUCCCUAAAACUGCACAUUACCCAAUGAAAAAGAUAGUUGUAAUUAAGACUGGCUCUUCCAUUGACUUUAACUGGCUCUUCCAUUGACUUUAACUUAAUCAUUCUUUUAGUCAACUUGUCCUGAUUUAUUUGUGUGAACUGUAAUAAUUAUUUUGAAAUGUUAUUUAUAAAUGGUGCUCUUGUGUCCAUGAAUAUUAAAAAAUUCUUGUUGUGAUGGUUUACUUCCGGAUGUGGAACAAAUUAAUUCUAUUAAUGUACUUUUGAAUAAAAAUGUGAUGAUUUGCUAGAUAAUUUUUUUAACAUUGGUCUAUGGCUUCUUUUCUAC